AUCGGCCACCGAACCUCCUCACCGCCGUUCUCUGCUCUGAUCCUGAUCCGCUCUCAGCCUCCGCCGGUCUGCCUGACUCACAAUGGCCUCGGCUCCGCGCGACGGCGGCUCGCCAUGGCAUCCGUCGGUCAGCAGCACCAAGCUCAGCUCCUCCUCCGCCAGCAGCCCCGGCAAGGCCAGAAAGCCCGUCAAGGCCCCGCGCUCGACCGUCUCCACCUCCUCCGGCGCCUCCUCGUCUGCGUCGGCCUCCUCGGGCUCGCAGAAGACCGCCGGCGCGCUUUACAUCCCUUCUUUCACCAGCACGUAUCAUUCGCAGAUGCAUGCGGCUGGCUAUCCUGCCGUUCCCGUCAUCCAGGAGGCUGAUUCUGGGCACCGGUCGCGCCCGCGCGGCGAAGUCGACGACGACGAUGAUGACGACGAUGACGACGACGACGACGACGAGGACCUCAGUCUGAGCGAUACCGAGGCCGUCGUUGGCGUCGGCAGCCGCGACAGUCUCGACGAGCGCCGGUCAAUUGCCUCGUCGUCUGACGACAUCUCCGUUCUCUCGACCUCAGUUUCAAGUUCCACCACAUCUUCGCGUGUCCCUGCUCACUCCGUCCCUCGGCGGCCGGUUCCUCUGAUAUCUACCGCUACAUUUACCUCUCUCUCAUCUGCAAACGGCGCCCGACAAUCCAGCUCUCAUUCGGCCGUCAGCUCAUCCUCCUCUCGUCACGCCGGCUUGUCCACAAUGCGCCGGGGCAGCACCAGCAGCCGCAAAAGCCUGGCCGACAACAGCUCGGCGGUUUCAUUAAUCCUCGAAGACAGCGCAUCGACCACGUCAAAAGCACCUUCUCGCGCCAGCAGGCUUUUGAAAAAGGCGAGCACAACCUCGCUGACCUCUCUUGGCUCAAAAGCGAAAUCGUCCACAGUUGAUCUCACUCAGUCGUCGGCCUCGCUAAACCGCCGUGGACACACAAACCCGCUCAGCCUUUCAAAGUCUCGGUUCUCGUUCCUCCAGCGUCAUCCAUCGGGCGGAUCUACUGCAGAGCCUGCUCCGAUCCUCACCGGAGGCGCCCGCCAGCAGCUCGCUCAUCAUCUCUACAAAGUCCUCCCGUCGACAUCUGAAUCCCAGCACAACGGGUCCAACAAUGGCGGCGGAAGCUCAAACUCGAGCUCAAACUCAUCGAGCACUAGUCUCAGCAGUACGCCGACAAACUCAUCCGCCAAUCUCUCCCAGCUGGCUGUUUUCGCUCCUUCAAAGCCGUCCGAGACUAAAUCUGCUAGGAAACCGAUGGACGGGAAACUCUCGCUCGAUGUCCGACGGCUAAGCAUCAGCUCGCAGCAGGGAUCCCCGAUCGCUCCGUUUCCAUCAGCCUCGAGUGUUUCGUCUGCGGUUGACAAGCACAAGCAUCACUUGAAACUGCGGUCAAGAAAGGAAGGACAUUCAGGCAUGAUCCUCUCCUCAAGCUCGUCUAACUCGAAGCUCACGUCUGACGCGGGAUCGAUCUACUCAUUCAACCCUGCCUCUCCAGCAAACGCGCCUUACGUACCCUCGGGUUUGCAGAAAAGCAUAUCAACCAUCGACGUCAAAACUCUGUCAUACAAAGAUAUCAACAAGAUCAGUGGUGAUCAAGCGCUUGAAGAUGUGUGGCCGUUUCUGUGCGCCAAAGUCAUGCCUCUUUUUGCGGGUGAUGGAUUGCGGGUGCCGGUCGAAGAUCUCAAUAAGCUUGUUUUGCUGCAUACCAAGCGACGAAUAGCCGAGCGGGAUCCCAGCAUGCUCAUCACAGACGUCAAAGACCUGUUCAAGCUAGGAGUUUCUGUAUUCGACGACACCUCGACCGUUCUUUCGUACUCUGAUGUGGAGAUUGUGGAUCAUGUGGUUGAUAUCUGGCGAUUCUAUUAUUUCGCUGUGCUGCCGUACAUCGAAGCAGUCUUCUUACCGCUGCAGCUCGAGUUUGAUGGAGUAGGCGUGAUCAUGACAAAAGAAGGCGCACAAAAGUUUUGGGCGAAGCAAAAGAGUCAGCCGGUGAAGAUGAACAAUGUGAAAAAGAUGAGUCUGGCAUCGUUUCGAGACUGGAUCGUCUUGCCGCUUUACAUACGGCUGAGGGGUAAGCCUUCUUCUUAAUACUUGUUUUUCUACGUCUUCAUUCUAACCGUAUUUUAUGAAACAGGUGCGAUAGCGGAACCGACUAC